UCGUCGGCUUUGUCGUAACGUAACCUAAAAUUGUGAAUGACAGUAUAACAAUUGUGUCAUUUAUUCCUUGAAGACUUGAGCAUACUUGUAUAUUCCAAAUUUUGAGCGAUAAUGGCGAAAGCAACACAAAUCUUAGUUUGAGCAUUAAGUCUUUAAAGUGAUGUAAUAUAGACUGUAUAUAAAGAAAGAUAAAAAAAUGAAAUAUUCUACUUCGCCAUCGACGAGUCGAUGUCACUCGCCUGUUCCAACCGAAUUCUCAACUUCAUUGCCAAUGCCGAUCGUUUACAGACACAAUUGCAUGGGUGCUGCAACAAAGUGUUACAAAUAUUUAAGAAAAUUGCUGAAAUUUGAACAAAUGGAUUUUGAAUUUGCUAUUUGGCAAAUGAUUUUUCUAUUUAUAGCACCGCAGAAAGUAUACAGAAACUUCCAAAAUAGAAAACAAACAAAAUCACAAUUUGCGAGAGAUGAUCCUGCAUUUUUGGUACUGGUUACAUUUUGUCUCUGCAUAUCGACCAUUGGGUUCGCCAUAGUAUUGGGCUUACGAUUCUUCCAAUUUGUAAAACUGCUAUUUUAUAUGGUUUUUAUCGACUACAUAGCUGCUGGCUUAUUAAUAGCAACGAUAUUUUGGUUUAUAACCAAUCGAUAUCUCAGGAUAGAUAAGACGCAAGAUGUUGAAUGGGGUUACACAUUCGACAUCCAUCUGAACGCAGUGUUUCCUCCUUUAAUUAUACUUCAUAUCUUGCAAUUAUUCCUUUAUAAUGCUUUGAUAAACAACAAUACGUUCUUGGGCCGAUUUAUUGGAAAUACUUUCUGGUUUGUAGCUGUCGGUUAUUACAUUUACAUCACAUUUCUUGGUUACGCAAAUAUUGAAAUACUUCAUAAAACACAUUUAAUACUAUCCGCAUUACCAAUAAUAUUACUGAUUUAUAUUACUACAUUAUGCGCGGGUAUCAAUGUCAGUUAUUUAGUGAUGGAAUUUUAUCGUUAUCGGGCCCUGUAAACCUACUGCUUCAUGCGAUUGCAAUAUGAGUCGUAAUGUACAUUAUAGAUUUGUAUCAAGUCUCAUAUAUUAAUAUUGCAGUAGCAGGUAGAGUAUUUAAAUAUUAUUUUAAUAUUAACAUUUAUUUUAUGCGUUAGAAAAUAUUUCUAAUACUUUGUUUUUCGUAUUUCUCGAAGAAUUACAAGAUACAAUAUUCGAAAUAUAGUUUGUAUAACAUCAAAAAUAAAUUUUUAUGUGUAUAUUCUUUAUUGUGAUACUGUAUAGUCUGUAUAUAAUCGAUUCACUAUUGUUCAUAAUAAUAAAGUAAAAUAAAA